CAUCACGUAAAAUAGUUUCAAUCGAUUUACGCGUUAAAUUUCUCUUUUCUUUAAGAGUUUCGCGAAUAAUGUCUUUUACGAAAGAGGAGCUAGUAUUUUCAUUAUGACGAGUUCGGUGAGUACGAAUCCGUCAACUUUAUUGCCUUUAGAAUUAGUCGAUAAAUGUAUCGGUUCUCGAAUACACAUCAUAAUGAAAAAUGAUAAAGAAAUUGUCGGCACUUUGUUGGGUUUUGACGAUUUUGUAAAUAUGCUUCUGGAGGAUGUGACAGAAAGCGAAGCAACCCCUGAAGGAAGAAGGGUGACCAAACUUGAUCAAAUUUUACUUAAUGGAAGUAAUAUUACGAUGCUUGUACCUGGUGGAGAAAUGCCUGAUACGUAGAAUAAAACACUAUUUCCUAUGUUUUGUACGAUAAAAAUAGAAUUAUUAAUUUAAGUAUACAUGGUAUGAAAAAUAUUAAAAAAGAAUAUUACUUAAAAUAAA